AUGCUGGUUGAUUCGGCGGUGAUUCCUGGGAUAGGGUUAGCAAUGGCCUCCGUUAUUCGUCGAAUAAGAAGAACAAAUAAGAAGGCCGCCAAAUAUCGUUUCACAGCCACAUUGGAGGAACUUCAUUUGGUUGGUUCGGAUAAAUGGAGGCCAAACACUGUCGUUGUUUCAUUUCUGCACAGGAGAAGAAAAAUCAGUUCAAAGGAAAGAAAAUGGGAGGACUCGUUCUCAAGUCCCAAUCAGACGGUUAUCAUGUGGCCAGAACAAGCACCAGAUCACAUCGACAUAUUAACCACAUUGUAUAAAUCACAGCAUGAUGAUCAGUAUGAUGACAAAGAAUGGACUAUCGUUGUGGAGGAAGUGACACCAAAAGGAAGAAGAAAACCUAUCGCUGCUGUCCCACUGAAUAUGCGUCUUUUUAUUGUGGACCAUCCUGAGCAAAGAUCGGAGCUGAAAUUGAAACUCCGACCGCUAACGUCUCAACUCAAACAAUGCAAUCUAGUAUUGCUACUUUCGAGCCAUUUGCUCAAAGAAGGAUUCAAGGAUGAUGUUAGUCUCGCGUCGACAGCUUCUCAUGCCGACCGUUCUUCUCGAGAGCAAAGUGUUUGCGAUGUGAUCACCGGUACGCAUCAGCCAGAGGAGCAAAAUGACCAUGCCGAGACAAAUCAAGAACUGGUACAUGUUGCUAACAAAAUUCAAAACCAGUCGUGGUCUACCGUUACAAAGGAAAGUGAAGAACCUAGUCGUAAAGUGGUGGAACAUGAGCCGAUCCAAAGCAACAUUCGAAGACCACAGAUGGAGCAAGAUACUGCGCCCAGGGCUAAAACCGAGGUUUUGGUUGACGAAGGGAAGAAAGUUCAACAGCAGGAGAAUGCUGAUGCUGCCACCGUUGCGGUGUCGGUGGGAAGUGUUCGACCUCAUUGGCGUUUAUCCACCGAGGAAAGAAGGGCAUCGAAGGAGCGAGGAAGUUCUCCGACAAAGCCACAUACUGAGACCUUCUUCAAAGUCGAUGAACACUCAAGACCAGUGGAGGUACCUUUUUCGGAAGCUCAUGUAACUCCUGCUGCUUCUCCGAGGAGUACAAGGACACGUUCUCCUCCAUGUCAUGGCCACGUUCCGGAAAGAGUUGAAGGAGAAGCGUUGUUAGCUUGGACUCAGCGUGUGACUAAUGGUUAUCAUGGUGUGAAAGUAAAUGAUUUCACGAAAUCUUGGCGGAGUGGAUUGGCACUCAAUGCGCUUCUGCAUUCGUACCGCCCGGAUCUUGCUGGCGAUUAUGAUGCACUGGAUUUCUCUGAGACCAUAAAUGGCAGAAAAUCAAACGUUAAGAAGGCUUUAGCUGUAGCGAGAGCUCUUGGAGUCAGUGAUAUACCAGACGAGAACGAUAUUAUUACGCCAGAUAGCAAAACCAUAAGGAUUUUACUCGAGAGACUACGUCGUGUACUAGAAGGAAGCACGGAUUUACCAACUCCGACAUCGUCGUCCGACCAUAGAAUUUCACAAUUAUACCACAUUUCAGAGGCGGAAAAGAAGGUAAUUGAUGAAAUCAAGAAGAUAAAAGAGCAACGCGAAGCUGACUCCGCAGUUGAUUACUCUGACAUUAAGGAACAUGCCGAAACUCCUAGUUACACAAAAUCUUCUCCCUUCACACGAACAGAAGAGGUAACUACAGAAACUGUGCACAACGAUGGUAAGAAGUCGGAUCCUGGUGGUGAACUUGAGAGGAAUGUGUCCUUCAGAGAUCACGACGUCUCCGUUACAAUGGUCACUCCUACACUUCCGACCUUCCGCUCCUCAGGUCGUUCCACCAGUCCAUCAAAAAAAGAAGAACUACGAAGAAAGGCUCGCCAAAUGCUUGAAAAUCCAUCUGCUGCCGUCUCGGGAAUGAAAUCUCAAUCAACCGAGGAUACGAGACGUCGUCAAGAAGCUCGUCGUCUAAUGGAGGAUGCUUUCACAGAUGGCGCUACAUAUUCUAUUGGUGCCGCUGAAGCGUCUACGUCGAUGUCGAGUUUGCAACGAGGAAGCUGCAGUUUGCAUUCGUCGCUGAAUGGAUCGAGUUCGGAUCUGCGAAAAAAGGAAUUAGUACGUCCAACAAUCACAAUCCAUACCUUCAACAAACGGGAUCCAUCACCUGUUCUACAACGAAAACAGUAUGAUGCCAGUCCGCUUUUGCGUGGGAUGGGACGGCCAACACAGAUGACAAACGAUCGUCUUGAGCCUCGUGGUGCGACAACGUCAUCGGCGUUUGACCGAGUGAAGAGGUACGGAAGUAUGCGAAGUCAGGAACUUAAAGAAGUCAUGGCACAGUUUGCUAAGCAGUACGGGGUCAAUGAACAGCAGCGAGAUUCUCACUCAUCUAUCGAAGCAACGCCCACGAGAAAAAUCACAUCUCAAUGGGAGAAGGAUGUCGCUGACGUUGAGGGGACUGCAUUUGAGCAGCAAAGAAUUCAAGAACGGCUCGGUGACGUUACUGCGCAGGCAAGUGCAAUCCAAGCGAAAAUCAGAGAAACAGAACAAGGUAGCUCAGAGGAGCAAACUUUAUUAGAAACUUAUAUGAAUCUCACUAAUGAGAAAAACUCUUUGGUUGGAAAACAAGAAUACUACAACAUUAUUGAGAACAUAAGAGAAACUAGUCGCCAUAUUGCCGAUCUUAACCAUCAAUUGGACAGCUUAACACAAAACACCCCUGACGAUUAUUUCAAAACUGCGGAAGAAAAGGAUCGGACUGACCAACUCAUGGAAUCAUAUAUGGAUGCCAUACAAAAGAAAGAUGAUCUCAUUCAGAAACUCUUUAUCACGGAAGAGCAGCUAUUGGAGGACGAAGAUCGCCUCAAAUCUUUGACACUGGAAAGGGCGAGCAACUUCGUACGAGGGAACGAUGAACCCCUUACUGCUAGCCGAAGAAUUAUAACUUGGUUAAGAGGAUGA